UUGUGAUUGGCGAAGUUCGUGUUUGGGGAUAUAGAUACCGGAUGUUCUUCAGUGUUUGCAUACCAUCAGGUUUGGUUGUUAUUACCUUAUGUAUGUGCUCAUAAAGCCUUAAUCUUUCAAACCUAGUCCUUCUCGACCUCUUAUUUCUUAGAGUAUUUGUGGGGUUUUAUUCACAACAGAGUAAAAUAUGUUAAUAAACAUGAAACCGUGCGGCUCAACUUUGGGAGAACAGCUUUCGUCCAUAAUGGACGUACUUACGAAAGCAGCCGUAUCUGAAAUUAGCCAGCUGUUCUCGGAAGGCUCGGCUACUCUUCACUUACAAAUAACUCGGAGCCUGAAAGAAAACGAGACGCUGAGGACGAAGAUGAAGGUGAUGAGGAGUGAGCUGUUUACUUUGCGGCUUCAAACAAGACCAAAUGCAUCGCGUGCAAGUCGUUUGGCCCUGGCUCGAGCCAACAUCUGCAAACCAGGGACUACAUCAAUGGGAAAUGAAGACUGCGAUGACUUUGGAGACCGCAGCACACAGCACGCCACCCCGGUGAGUCUGCAUGGGGACGCCCCUGGCUCCUCCCGCAUGUCCAGUCACAGAGAGGAGCUGAGGAUCCUGAACGUCUACGGAAAUGGGGAGGGCCCACUGGCGGUAGACUGCCAUGACACCCUCUUCACUGUGUCCGAAGUCGAGGCCCUGAGCUCACUGUCUGCGGAUCACAGCGUGGCCAAGAGCCUGGAGUGCGGCGAGCGACUUGUCCGCCUUGAGGAGCUGACUGGGCAGCAGCAGACCCCAGACCCCAUUUUAAUCAAGGAGGAAGAGGAUAUUGGUGGAGGCAUGCCACCUGUAGAAGCCUUUGACGUUGGAGACCGCAGCACACUGCGUGGCGGCACCACGGAUAGUCUGCAUGUGGACGCCCCUGGCUCCUCCAACAUGUCCAGUCACAACGGGCAUACCCACACCGACGAGAAGCCGUACGGGUGUGGCCAAUGCAUGAGGAGCUUCAAACUGAAAGGCAACCUGAAGCUCCACAUGAUGACUCACUCCGGGGAGAAGCCCUACAGGUGUGACCAAUGCGUGAAGCGCUUCAGUCAAAAGUUCAACCUGAAGCUCCACAUGAGAACUCACUCCGGGGAAAAGCCCUACAGGUGUGACCAAUGCGUGAAGUGCUUCAGUCAGAGCUGCAAGCUGAAGAUCCACAUGAGGACUCACUCCGGGGAGAAGCCUUACAGCUGUGACCAAUGCCUGAAGCGCUUCACUCAGAGCUGCAAGCUGAAGAUCCACAUGAGGACUCACUCCGGGGAGAAGCCCUACAGCUGUGACCAAUGCGCGAAGCGCUUUAGUCAGAGCUACAACCUGAAGAUCCACAUGAGGACUCACUCCGGGGAGAAGCCCCACAGGUGUGACCAAUGCGUGAAGCGCUUCGACCGGAGCUCCGACCUGAAGUUCCACAUGAGGACUCAUUCCAGGGAGAAGCCCUGCGUGUGUCUGCAGUGCAAUGCCAACUUCAGCAACCAGAGCAAGUUGCGUUUGCACAUGCGCAAGCACACGGCAAUUGACACGGGGCAACGGGACACUUUGGGUGAUACCGCAAUCCUGUAUUCAUUGAAAUGACUGCUGUAGGUUUUUUUUUCAUCAUGAUUAAAGACGCUUCACAUCACAACUUUUUAUUGUCUUUUUAAUUUUAUUGUUGUAGUUUUCUGGCAUUAAAGGUUCUGGUUGGGA